AAUCGGUAAGUGCUGAACCAGUAAGAGGUCUGAACCAUUAAGUGCUGAACCAGUAAGAGGUCUGAACCAUUAAGAGCUAGUAUAUUGCUUAACUAUUCAGAGGCAAAUGUCUGAUCAAUUCAGAUAAGAGGUCUUAACCAUUCAGACUCUGUAUAAUACUUAACCAUUCAGAGGCAAAUCUUUUAACCAUUCAGACAUCUGAACCAUUAAGAGGCUGAAACAAACAGUCUGAACCAUUAAGUGCUGAACCAUUCAGACAUCUGAACCAUUAAGAGGCUGAAACAAACAGCCCCAAGAGUAGCAUAGCCCAUUAGUCCGUAUAUUUUCCACAUUGAAUUCAAACUUUUCAUUCACACUUCGGCAUUUAAAAAAAGAAAAAUUAAAUCUUGGCACUUAUUCCUUUCUUCAAUGGCUGCUGGGUAUUUUAUUUUUCUAAACACCCGACCAAACCCGAAAAACUUUCCUCUCUUCUCUCUCUCAACAGAGUGCCGCAAAACGAUUUGAUUGUCGUCCGGCUGUGUCUGGGGACCUCAGAGCUCUGAUUUCUUCUUCCUUCUCAAAUCAAUUGUUUCUUGGAUCACAUUCGCAUAUUCCCCUGUUCUUGCUUAAGCUGCGGAAGCUCUGUCUUUGGCUUCUGUGGCUUCACUGCGUUUCCCAUUUCAUCUCUGCAUUGGCUAUAUACGGAGCUUAUGCCUUUUGAGUCUUUGGUGGAAAAAAAGAGGCAUUUUUUUUGUUUUGCUUUACUCAUUUGGCUUCUCAAGGAGGAAGAUCGAGGGAAUUAGGGUUUCAAGAGAGCAAUGGUGUGAAUCUGGAUUCCAAACUUAGUCGUAUUUGCCUUCCCUCACCAGUUUGCUGAAAAUGCCAUCUGGGAAUUUAAACACUGCAUUAUCAAAGAAGACAUCUUUUUUUGGUUUAAAAUUAUGGGUUGUCAUUGGUAUCUCUGUUGGUGUGUUCAUUGUUGGGAUUCUGUGCCUUCUGUCACUAUGGAUCACAUUUCAGAGAAAAUAUAGAAGAAAGCUGGACAGGUAUUCACCUUUUGGUAUACCAAACAUCUCAAAGGAUAUCAAGGUUGACCGAGUUGGCACUGGAAGUCUACAUGAUCAAACUGAAAGUUUAUUCCUAUCCAUCCAUGAUAAGUCAAGUGAGAAGAAGUCGGAGAAAUUGAUAUCUCAUUUAGAAAGGAGUAAAUCAAGUGAUGGCGAUAACAUCAGUCAAGGCAGCUCAAUUUACCAUCACGAAAGGGGCUUUAGUUCACAAUCUGGAGAGGAAGGUGGUUCUGGAACUGUUAGAAGACUGUCCUGUUAUGCACUUCCUAUGGCCUCUCCAUUGGUUGGCUUGCCUGAGUUCUCACAUCUUGGGUGGGGCCACUGGUUCACACUUAGAGACCUCGAGCUGGCAACCAACCGGUUUUCUGCAGAUAAUGUGAUUGGAGAAGGAGGGUAUGGAGUUGUUUAUAAAGGUAGAUUGGUUAAUGGAACAGAAGUAGCAGUGAAGAAACUCCUUAACAAUCUUGGACAGGCAGAGAAAGAGUUCAGGGUUGAAGUAGAAGCAAUUGGCCAUGUUCGACACAAGAAUCUUGUUCGUCUUCUUGGUUAUUGCAUAGAAGGUGUCCAUAGGAUGCUCGUGUAUGAGUAUGUUAAUAAUGGAAACUUGGAGCAGUGGCUUCAUGGAGGCAUGAGACAACAUGGUACCAUUACUUGGGAAGCUCGCAUGAAAGUUCUUCUUGGCACUGCUAAGGCGCUUGCAUAUCUACACGAGGCUAUAGAACCUAAAGUUGUUCAUAGGGACAUAAAAUCCAGCAAUAUUCUUAUUGAUGACAACUUUAACUCCAAGGUUUCUGAUUUUGGACUUGCAAAGCUCUUGGACUCUGGAGAAAGUCACAUAACAACAAGAGUAAUGGGAACAUUUGGCUAUGUGGCUCCAGAAUAUGCAAAUACUGGGAUGUUGAAUGAAAAGAGUGACAUUUACAGUUUUGGUGUAUUACUUCUUGAAGCUGUUACCGGAAGAGACCCGGUGGACUAUAGCCGCCCUGCUAAUGAGGUGAACCUUGUUGAGUGGCUCAAAAUGAUGGUCGGACAGCGGAGAUCCGAGGAAGUAGUGGAUCCUAACCUUGAAGUUAAACCCAGUACUCGCUGUUUGAAACGCGCGCUUCUGGUGGCCCUUAGAUGUGUGGAGCCCGACUCUGAAAAACGGCCUAAAAUGAGUCAAGUUGUUCGCAUGCUUGAAGCUGAUGAAUACCCUCAUCGCAAUGAGGACCGCCGGAACAGAAGAGAUUCGCUGACAUUAAGCACUGGGUUUGAUUCAGCAAAGGAUGGUUGCAGUUCGACAGAUGGGGAGAAACAGAGGUUAGAUAACAGCAUUCCUUAAUGCGUUCGUUUUUCCGGUGUUUUGAUUCGAAGAUUGAGAGAGAGAGAUUGCUGCUUUGACAGAUGAUGACCACAAAGUACAAUGUUGUUUUGUUUAAGAUCAUUACGCUUCCAUUAUUUUAAGGUUAAUGUUGUAUGAUGCAGAUAAAAAAAGACCAUUACUUUUGUACAGUUUAACUUCUUUUUUUUUGCGUUUCCUUGUCCUUUGAAUUCACAAUGACGAGCAAUUUAGCCCGAGUUUUUUUUUCCUUUUUG